UGUGGUCACGUGCUAGAUAUUUUACUUCCUUCUCUCAGUUAGCCUACUUACCAGCGUGUUGUGCAGGCUUUGCAGUUACGGCUCGGCGUCAAAUUCGCAAACGUGGAUAUCGCUGACUUAUAAGCACUUUCAAGUUCUAUUCGCGAGAUGGAGCAUUGAGAACGUCCCAUUAUUCGGGACAUUUAUCUCCUCGCUUUUUUGAAAAGUUCCUGAAUCUCUGUACUCCUACCCUAUCUAAGGCUACCUUAUCAUCAUGGCGUGCGAGAGAGAGAGCCCUGUUACGCCACGUCUAGGUGGAAAGACUGCGCUGGUAACAUUCGUUGCAAUGAUUUUUGCUUUUGUUGGAGAGACCCAACUCACACAGUAUGUUCAAACAACAUUGGGUUAUCAACACUCAUUCUUCCUAUUUUAUGUCGUGCAUUCAUCAUUUGCGCUCUCCUUUCCAUUGCACCUAGGCUAUCUUCUCCUGACAACCCACCGUUCUCCUCGUACUAUGAUGUCUGGCUUGUCUAGCAUUAUCACCGCUCAGUUGACAUUACGAGAUCCAAGAAUCGUUCACUCUUCGCGAUUUCCUCUGUCACGAUUUCUGGUCGUAAUUCUAGUCAUGACCGCCAUCUACAGUAUACCUGCUCUAUUGUGGUUUAUUGCUGUCGUAUAUGCUCCCGUCACUGAUGUCACGGCCAUCUGGAAUGCUAAUGCCUUCUUCGCUUAUGUCUUCAGUGUCAAGUUGCUGAACCUGAAAUGGAGUCUUAUUCGAAUGUGUGCAGUUUGCCUCGCCACUGUCGGAGUGCUCACCAUCGUAUAUGGCGACAGCACACCGUCAAGUACAACUGCACCUGUGGUUCGCCGUACGACUGUCGCCCAAACUUCCGCUCCUUUAUUUGGAGACAUUUUAACUCUGGUUGCAUCCGUGAUAUACGGUCUGUAUCAAGUCCUUUACAAGAAGUAUGCAGCACUGCCAUCAGACCUAGAGCCAGCUGCAGAGCCUACACAAUAUUCCCAUAUCCCAGCAUCAGCGGCUGGCGACGAGGAGACAGUAUCUUUACCACUCCUCGCCAGUAAUCAAGUCACACAUGCUCUUCCAUUUGGCCUUCAUCCCAAUUUUCUCACCGCAUCUAUGGGCGUGUGCACUUUGUUCGUGCUUUGGGUACCCUUGACUGCGUUACAUUAUUACGGCAUUGAAGAGUUUGCGCUUCCAUCCAACAUGGUGACCUUCGUUGCAAUUGCAGGAAUCUGUAUAACAGGUGUUAUAUUUAAUGCAAGCUUCAUGAUUUUGUUGGGAGUCUGGGGCCCGAUUGUUACUUCCGUUGGGAGUCUACUUACAAUCGUCCUCACACUCAUCUCGGAUCUAAUGUUAGGCUCUGUCGGGUUGACUGCCUGGGGGCUAUUGGGAGCAGGCAUGAUUGUAGGGGCUUUCGCGGUGCUGGCUUAUGAUAUGUUCUAGAGCUGAAGGUAGAUUGUAAGCACACUGGCUGGCUUGCUAGAGUUCCCAUAAUUUACAUAAAUGCUGUCUACAGUAUUGAAACAUGA